GACGCCGAGGUCAAGAAGCGUCCAGCUGUAGCUCAUGCUGCAGCUUCCAAGAGGCCGUCAGGCACCGAGACGUUCUACGACCUGAGCAUGCCGAAGUCCUUCGUCUUCGACAAGUACCGCCAGGAGGAUCCCGAAGGUGCCAGAGGAGAAGAGCAGCCCGAGACGGGAUUCGAGAGAGGGCAGGGCGCUUGGUUUCGCUUCCCAGGCGAACCGAAGGAGUUCACGACGGACGUGCAGCCCACCGCCAACGACAGGGUGGUUGGCAAUUUCAGCGGCGGCCGAUCCUAUAUCAUCCAAGACUUCUUCCACGAGGACUUAGCUUACGUCCAAGCCAGCCCUGGUCGCGGGCCGAGGGCCCCUCGCGGAUCGGUGACGUACUUCGAGGGCGCGUGGGGCAAAGAGAACAUCGUCGUGAAGCGGAAGAAGGACCGCGCCAAUAGCGUGAACCACACAGGUUUCCUGAUCUACAUCGCCGUGAACGGCAAACAGAGGUUUGCAGUGCCAGUUCUUCGAGGGGGCAUGGAAGAGACGCGUGUGAAAGUUGCAACUGGCAUCGCUAAAAAGUUGUGCAGUAACAAAAUCAAGGACCUUGAUGCCAUGAAAGCGUUCGGCGCAAAGGAGGUCGAGAAACUUCACAAAUCGGUUGAGUGA